UCCGGUCGACAGAUAGAGGGAUGUGACCUUUCUUCAGCUCAAGGCGGGACGGUUACGUGAGACUCUUGCGGGAGCCGGUCGUUUAAACACGUGGAUCAUUCGUAGUCGACUUGUCUCGUACGUAGUGUAAAGCAGUCAUGGGUGACGUUGAGAAGGGAAAGAAGGUGUUUGUCCAGAAGUGUGCCCAGUGCCACACCGUGGAGAACGGAGGGAAGCACAAAGUCGGACCGAACCUGUGGGGUCUGUUUGGCCGCAAGACGGGCCAGGCCGAAGGGUUCUCCUACACAGAUGCCAACAAGAGCAAAGGCAUUAUCUGGAGUGAGGAGACACUCAUGGAAUAUCUGGAGAACCCAAAGAAGUACAUACCAGGAACAAAGAUGAUUUUUGCAGGCAUCAAGAAGAAGGGCGAGCGGGCUGAUCUGAUUGCAUAUUUAAAGUCUGCAACAUCUUAGAUUCUUGUUUUUAAUUUGUGUAAAUGUUGGCUGUGUGUUACUUCAACAUGAUCUUUAUGGUUGACUUUUAAUCUUGCAAGAAGUCCAUAACUUUGAUUUGUCGUAUCGUCUGUUUUGCCUUAAAUGUGUCUCCUGAACAUAUUACGAUGAAUGUUAAAUUUAGAAUAGAUAUUCUCGAGUAUGUUUUACACCAUUGGUGAGAUUUUGGAGUUAUUCUGCUUCAGUUGUUAGCAGUUUUUGGAGGUCUUGAUGUCCUCCAUAUCUGAAGCUGUAAAUGAUACCCCUGGUUUCACAGGUGUUGUAAAAUUAACUUAUUGUAGGUGAGAAGACAUUGUGCUAAAAGGAGGAAGACUACACUGUAAUACUAUUAAACAGAUUGAAACUGG